CCCUGACGGCCAGCUCCAGCAAGUAAAAAGGCAACCUCCUCUCCUGCUCACUAGCGCCCAUAUUCCCACCAUGGCUGGGCUUGGGCCAUAGAACCUUUGUAGGCCUUGCAAGAGGACCCACACUUCUUCCUGUAGGUGGCAACAGUGACACCAGUUUGACCAGUGAGGCUGAGCCAGGGACUGCAAGAGAGAGGAGUCAGACAACUCGGAGAGGAGCUGGGAAGCAGAGCUGCUCGCUUGCUGAGUGAAAGGUCUUCACUAUGGCGGAGUCCCCUGGCUGCUGCUCUGUCUGGGCCCACUGCCUCCACUGCAUGUAUAGCUGCCACUGGAAGAAAUGUCCUAAACAGAAGAUGCAAACCAGCAAGUGCGACUGCGUCUGGUUUGGCCUGCUCUUCCUCACCUUCCUCCUGUCCCUGGGAUGGCUGUACAUCGGGCUUGUCCUUCUCAAUGAUCUGCACAACUUCAAUGAAUUCCUGUUCCGCCACUGGGGACUCUGGAUGGACUGGUCCCUGAUCGCUGUGCUGCUCAUCUCUCUACUGGUUACAUAUGCAUCCUUGCUAUUGCUCCUGGGCCUGCUCCUACAGCUCUGUGGACAGCCUCUACAUCUUCACAGUAUCCACAAGGUGCUACUGCUCCUCAUUAUGCUUCUGGUGGUUAUUGGCCUUGUGGGACUGGAUAUCCAAUGGCGGCAGGAGUGGCAUAGUCUACGACUGUCGCUGCAGGCAACAGGCCCGUUCCUUCACAUUGGAGCAGUUGCUGGAAUCACCUUCCUGGCCUGGCCUGCGGCUGAUACCUUCUACCGUAUCCACCCAAGAGGCCCCAAGGUUCUGUUACUGUUUCUAUUUUUUGGAGUCACUCUGGUCAUCUACCUGGCCCCCCUGUUCAUCUCUUCCCCCUGCAUCAUGGAAUUCAGAGAUUUACCCCCCAAGCCUGGGCUUGUGGGACACCGAGGAGCCCCCAUGCUGGCCCCAGAGAAUACACUGAUGUCCUUGCGGAAGACAGCUGAGUGUGGAGCUUCUGUGUUCGAGACAGAUGUGAUGGUCAGCUCUGAUGGAGUCCCCUUUCUCAUGCAUGAUGAACGGCUGAGCAGGACUACCAACAUAGCCUCUGUGUUUCCAGAGCGGAUCUCAGCCCACAGCAGUGACUUCUCCUGGGCUGAACUGCAGAGACUCAAUGCUGGAGACUGGUUCCUAGAGAGGAAUCCCUUCUGGGGGGCCAAAGAGCUGUCAGGCUCUGAUCGGAAGGAGGCUGAGAAUCAGACAGUACCAGCAUUGGAAGACCUACUGAAGGAAGCAGCAGCUCUCAACCUUUCCAUCAUGUUUGACCUGCGCCGUCCCCCUAGGAACCACACAUACUAUGACACUUUUGUGAAUCAGACACUGGAGGCUGUGUUGAGUGCAAGAGUGCCACAAGCCAUGGUUCUUUGGCUCCCAGAUGAAGAUCGUGCUAAUGUACAACAGCGGGCCCCCAGAAUGCGCCAGAUCUACGGACAUCAGAGUGGCAACAGGACUGAGAGGCCCCAGUUUCUCAACCUCCCCUAUCAAGACCUGCCACUGUUGAAUAUCAAGAUGCUGCACCAGGAUAAUGUCUCAGUGAACCUAUUUGUAGUGAACAAGGCCUGGCUCUUCUCCCUACUCUGGUGUGCAGGGGUAGAUUCUGUCACCACCAACGACUGCCAGCUGCUGCAGCAGAUGCAUCACCCGCUCUGGCUUAUUCCCCCUCAGAAAUAUUUAAUGAUAUGGAUCAUCACCAACUGCGUCUCCAUUCUGCUGAUUUUGUGUAUCUUCCUCCUCAGAGGGAGAUGUGCUGAGAGAAACAGAACUGGCUUAGAAACAGCAGUGCUGCUGACCAAGAUCAACAAUUUUACCUUGGAGUGAAUGCCAGGCCUAGGCCCUGACCUAAGGCAACCUAAAACCCAUGUGUACUCGUCAAAGGGACGGAGAGAAGCUGAAGUGGAAUAUCCUGGAAGAAGAUAUUCCGAGGAAGAGAGCAUUUACUAACAGAAGAUGUUGAACUAAGAGGGCCUUUUGUCCAGAAGGUGGGCAUGUCUCAAGCUGCCAUGGAAUUUGCUGCCCUUGGUGUUCUGACAUGAAUUAGUUGGAAAGACGGUGAGUGACAAGAAGUUACUCCCCAAAUGAAAUUAAAGCAAGGAAGUGAGAGAGAUUGCCAAGAUAAUGGCCUAGGCUUGUGUGCACAUGUUCUUUGAUAAAUGCAGGGUGUGUCUGGGUGGGAUAGCUCAGAAUGAUGACUGAAGGAAAUUUGGCCUUUCCCAGAGAACUCUAAGAUGAUGCAGACAGUCCCCACUACAUGCCCUUUCUCUCCUCCCUCUCACAAUUGAGCUUCUUUCCUGCCUACGGGUUGGGAGCUAAAAAGCUCAUUUAGCAAUGUAAUCGUGUGCCGAAGGUGGGCUUUUUGUUUGGAGCGGUGACUGUAUCUUGCCUGUUAAUCUGUUAUUCAAUGAAUUUGUAUUUGUCAUUUG